AUGUCUGCAAAUAACAUUACCUCAAAGACCUUCACACUCAACACUGGUGCUAAGAUUCCAGCUAUUGGUCUCGGCACAUGGCAAUCUCAGCCCGGUGAAGUUGGAAAGGCUGUAGAGAUCGCUCUUCGCGGAGGUUACAGGCAUAUUGAUACAGCUCUUGCAUACGGAAACGAGGCAGAAGUUGGUGACGGUAUCAAAGCAUCUGGCGUACCAAGAGAAGAGAUUUGGUUGACUACCAAACUCGACAACCCAUGGCACAAGAGAGUCACGGAAGGAAUUGAUUCUUCCUUGAAAUCACUCGGUACCGAUUACGUCGACUUAUACCUCAUGCAUUGGCCAUCAUCAACCGACCCAGAUGACUUAAAGAAACACUACCCAGAUUGGGACUUCAUCAAGACAUGGCACGAAAUACAAAAGCUCCCUGCCACUGGCAAAGUAAGGAACAUUGGUGUAUCAAACUUUGGGAUUAAGAACUUGGAGAAGCUCCUCAGUGACCCAGGAACCACAAUUGUUCCUGCCGUAAACCAAAUCGAGCUCCACCCAAAUAACCCCUCCCCCAAGCUCGUUGCAUACAACACAUCAAAGGGUAUCCACAGUACUGGUUACUCUUGUCUCGGUAGCACGAACUCUCCUCUGUACAAGGACCAGACCUUAUUGUCCAUGGCUGAGGCUAAGGGGAAAACCCCACAACAAGUACUACUUGCCUGGGGUCAUGAAAAGGGAUGGUCUGUCAUUCCAAAGUCUGUCAACAAGGAGCGUAUCGAGAAAAACUUCGAGCUUGAUGGUUGGGAGUUAACGAGCGAGGAAGUUGAGAAGUUAGACAACCUGAAAGAUAGAUUCAAGCCCUCUCGAAGGGACGCCGCAAUCACCAUGACUUGUCCCUUCUGCAGCAUAGCAUCCAAUUACCCAACAUCCUCGUCCCUCUCAAACCCAGAUCUUACCUCUCCAUCAGCAUUCGUAGUCCUUAGCACACCUCUUUGCAUGGCAUUUCUCGAUAUUAUGCCGCUUUCCCCAGGGCACUUAUUAGUCACGACUCGCAAACAUAACGAGAAGAUAUCGGAUGUGAGUGAAGAAGAAGCGCGAGAAUUGGGCGAAUGGCUUCCGAGACUAUCUCGAGUUUUAGCUAAGGUCACCGGUGUGUGGGACUGGAAUAUCGUCCAAAACAACGGAGCGGCUGCAGCGCAAGUGGUACCGCAUGUACAUUUUCAUAUUAUCCCGAGACCGGGGCUAACUCCUGAGUUACGCAAUCGAUCGUUUACGAUGUUUGGGCGGGGGCAGAGGAGUGAACUGGAUGAAGAGGAGGCUGAGGUGCUAGCGGCGCAGUUGAGAGAGGAGCUAGGGAGAGAAAUGGGAGGGACUGGGAAGGGGAAGUUAUAG